GCGAGCUAUGCGGCACAACCAUUUAAUUUCUUAGCGUCUAAAUAACGGCAUAAUACCCCGGCCUAUUUAUCGUCAUUUCCACCUUCUAUCCAGACGCGCUCAUAUCAUCAAGGUUUCCCUCGCCUCCGCCCAACGGCUCUCCCAAAUCCGAGUCGCCUUCCUAUGUUCCUCUUCUCCCUCGCCUUCCGCUCUGUACCAAUUUUUGGCACCGCGGUCGCCUUCUCCUACCGCCGCGCCUCUCAUCUCCACCCCCGCGCCAGUCUCCUCCCUUCUCAGGUCGGUUCCACUGGCCGCCCUCCCAAAUCUGCCGUCGUCUCCGACAGCCUCAAGCUCCUGGAAUGGGACAAGGUCUGCGAUUCCGUCUCCUUCUUCGCCGGCACGGCCUUCGGCCGAGAAGCGACCAAGGCGCAGCUUUGGUCGAUAGAUGUGAGCUACGAGGAGAGCAAGAAGCUCUUGGACGAGACCUCCGCUGCGAUUGAACUGAUCAAGUAUGGUGCUGGUGGGAUGGAUUUUGGCUGUAUAGAUACUAAUUUGGUAAAAUCAGCAAUUCACCAUGUUUCUAGAGGUUCUCCAUUAGAUGGAAUGGAAGCAAUAGCUGUUCUUAGCCUCAUACUGUUUGCUGAAAAUCUGCAAAUUACUCUGAAAGCAGCAGUGAAGGAAGAUGCAGAUUGGUACAACCGUUUUAUGCCUCUUACAGAAGUGAUAAUGGAUGUUGCUAUAAGCCGAUCAUUUGCAAAGUCAGUACAACAAGUGAUAGAUGAAGAUGGCUCUGUCAAAGAUAGUGCAAGUCCUGAGCUGAAAAGAUCUCGAGAUCAAGUUUGUGCCCUUGAAAGGAAGUUAUAUCAGCUAAUAGACAAGUUAAUAAGGAACAAUGAUAAUGAAGCUUCCACUUUGGAAGUUUGUGUUGUUAAUGGCAGAUGCUGCUUGAAAGUGAUGGCUGAUCAGCUUACAACAUUCGAUGGAUUACUACUGUCCAGUGGAUCAGAUGUUGGAAGUAUAAUAGAGCCAAUUGUUGCUGUUUCACUAAAUGAUGAGUUGCAACAAGCCAGAGUUUCAGUCGCCAGAGAUGAGGAAGAUGUGCUGUCAAGGUUAACUGAUAAGAUGCUGGCAGAACUUGAUGACAUCCAAAAUUUGUUGCACACCAUAAUUUGGCUUGAUGUGAUCACCGCACGAGCAAAGUACAGUGUUGCAUGUGAUGGUGCCUUUCCAGACUUAUAUCUGCCAAGUGAUAAGGGUGGAGUAUGCAUCACUGAAAGCAACUUCUCUCUAAAGAAAACUUUCAGCAAGGUCUCCCUAUCUCCUCACCCUCCACGAGAAUGGAAAUUAUAUAUGCCAAAAGCCUACCAUCCUCUGUUACUUCAGCAGCAUCAUGAUUGCUUACGUAGGGCCAGAAAGGAUGUUGCUAAUGCUACUGCUGAAAUCAGGAGAAGAAAAUUUCAAGGGAAGAAUAUUACAGAAGAAGAUGAGGUGGAUUCACAUCUUGCAUCCAUGAAACUCCAGGUUAUUGCAUUGGGAAAGAAUCAUCCUAUUCCUGUAGAUUUUAUGGUUUCUGCAAAAACUGGAGUGCUGGUUAUAACUGGUCCAAAUACAGGGGGCAAAACUAUCAGCUUGAAGACAGUUGGUCUAGCAUCUUUGAUGGCUAAAACAGGUCUUUAUGUUAUGGCUUCCGAGCCUGUUAAAAUCCCAUGGUUUGAUGCAAUUUAUGCUGAUAUUGGUGAUGAGCAGUCUUUGACACAAUCAUUGUCUACCUUUUCUGGCCACCUAAAACAGAUUGGUGUUAUUCGUUCACAAUCGACGAGAAAAUCAUUGGUUCUUUUAGAUGAAGUUGGUGCUGGGACCAAUCCACUUGAAGGGGCAGCUUUGGGGAUGUCACUUCUAGAAUCUUUUGCUGAAACUUCAUUUUUAACAAUAGCAACUACCCAUCAUGGAGAACUAAAAACAUUGAAAUACAGCAAUAAUGCAUUUGAGAAUGCAUGUGUAGAAUUUGAUGAAGAGAGCUUAAAGCCAACAUAUAAGAUACUCUGGGGAAUACCAGGCCGCUCAAAUGCAGUUAAUAUUGCUGAAAGAUUAGGUUUACCCCAUGAUGUUCUAGAUAGAGCGCGCAAACUUCAUGGAACAGCUCAUGCUGAAGUCAAUGAGGUCAUAGUUGAUAUGGAAAGAUUUAAACACAACUUCCAGCAACAUCUUCAAGAGGCACAACAUUAUCUAAUGCUGUCAAGAAAGCUUCAAGAAAGUCUGUUCAUAGCAAAGCAGAAGGUUGCAGACCAUGUUUCUAUCCAAAUGAAGAGAAAGGUGAAAGUGAUUUCAGAGAAUGCAGCUACAGCACGUUCAAUCCUUCAUAAGAAACUACACGAGGUUCGUCAAUUUGCAAUGACUGAAAAGACACCAGAAAAUGGUGAGGCAGAUAGGAGCAGGCACUCCAUUGAAAACGUCAAGCAGUCAUCAUUGCCCACCAUUCCUACAGAAAGGAUCAGACUGUCAGACGCACCACUUGUUCGUGAGAAACAAACCAAAAUUCCAAGCGUUGGUGAUACAGUUCAUGUUCCUUCUCUGGGUAAGCAUGCAAUAGUGUUAAAAGUGGAAGCAUCUAAAAAGGAGAUCCUAGUCCAAACGAGUAAUAUCAAGCUGAGAUUAAAACUG